GUGCCCUAAGCAAGGCCUGCCAGAGACGUGGCCAUCCCUCCUGGUGCCAUCUCUGGUUGUGACUUCCAGCAAGUCCUUGGCUUCAGUUUUCCCCAUCUGUGAAAUGAAGCAUUUGGACUAGAAGAUCCCUGGAGGCCUUUCUUUUUUGUCAUUCUAGACAGAAAAGGAGAGAAAAGGCGAGACUUGCGUUUAUGCUCGUAAUACCAAGGCCUGUUGGCUCCUUGGGGGAGGAGUGGAGGGUAGUGCGCCCCUGCCUUCUGGGUGCUGGUGCUCCAGAGAGAGGCCUUGGGAGGAGCUGGGCCUCCUUCAUGGGCCCCAGGCUAGUUUGGAAGAUGCAUAUCCAGUAAGACCAGUCCCUUCCCUCCGGACACCAACUCCCAAGUGUAGGAGAGUAGGACCAGAGCUGUGGUGGAGCACAUGGGGACCCAGAGGUGGCCCAGCAAUCCAGGAGCACCGUCCUGAGAAGCAGGGGCAGGGGGUAGCCUUAGAUAGCUCUGUAGGGCCAGAGCUGGGGAUGUGAGAUUUCCCACAUGGAGAAGUGUGGUAGGAAGCAGCUCCAGACAGAGGGCCCAGCAGGUGCAAAGGGUAGAAUGGUGACGGGGCCUGGCCCAGUCAGUAAACGGCAGAGUUCAGGCAGGAAAGCACCCAAAAGGAGGGAAGGUAAAGUGGCGAGGCCCAGCUGGGGUCAGGGCAUCAACCACCGACCGAAGGAGUUUAAUUUGGGCAGUGGGAGGCUCCGACAAGGAUUUUUUUUUUCUUUUAUAAAAAUGUCUUAACAUUUUCUACAAUUUAGGAAGGACCAGGCACUGUUUUAAGGACUUUUUAUAGUUGGAUACAUGUUGUCUCCGUGGAUCGGAACACGGAGAGGUUAAUUCUCUUGACCAAAGAUACACAGCCAGUGAGCGAAAUGAACACACAGUACGCGCACUGGCUGGGGAGCCCAGAGGAGAGGCGGGCUCCGUGUCCUGGGGUUCCCAAUCAGGUGUUCAGAAGGAGGCCUUCAGGGAGGAAAGGGCCUCUGAACAGGCAGAGACAGGGAGGUGGGACAGUGCAAACCGUUGAAGGCCCGGGAUCAGCUCAUCUGGUUGGAACAGAGUGAGUCGAGAGACAUGAUGAUGAAGCAAAGUUAGGAUCGAUUCAGUGAAGAGCCCUGAAUGCCAAGAUCAGUAGCUUCUGAGGGCAGUAGGGAGCCAGCAGAGAGGGUCAGAAAGCAGGGGAGGGAUGUGGGCAGAAGUGCUAUUGAAAAAUGCCAUCCCAGUGGGCAGAUGGUGGUAACAUGGCAGGGAAGGGACUGUCAAUAGUUCGGGGCUCUGCGCCCAUAAGACCUGACAUAGGACAGUGACUAAGAGUGGACAGAGUUUCAGACCUAGAAGGGACGAUAUUUGGCAAGGAUUAGUCAUAUUAGCCACUAUUCAUUGGUGACUCUUGUAAUGUCAUUUCAUUAAACCUUCACCAUAACCGUAGGAGGUGCCAUUAUUCGCUCGAGUUCCACGUAAGAAAUGGAGGCUCGGAGAAGUCAAGUAACUUGCUGGAAGUUGCAACAGCCAGAGCUGGGACUCGAACCUAUGUCUGUCUCACUCCAAGUCACUGCAGAACUGAAGAAGUCAGGGGCUGUGGGGUGGAGCUGGCGGCUGGUGUUGCGAAUGCAGUGCCUCCCUUUCACACCAGUACUAUGAGAAGGAUGGGCAGCUCUUCUGCAAGAAGGACUACUGGGCCCGCUAUGGCGAGUCUUGCCACGGGUGCUCAGAGCACAUCACCAAGGGGCUGGUCAUGGUGGCCGGGGAGCUGAAGUACCACCCCGAAUGCUUCAUCUGCCUCACAUGUGGGACCUUCAUCGGUGAUGGAGACACGUACACUCUGGUGGAGCACUCCAAGCUCUACUGCGGACACUGCUACUACCAGACCGUGGUGACCCCCGUCAUUGAGCAGAUCCUGCCUGAUUCCCCCAGCUCCCACCUGCCCCACACAGUCACCCUCGUAUCCAUCCCAGCCUCGGCUCAUGGCAAACGUGGUCUCUCGGUCUCCAUCGACCCCCCUCACGGCCCGCCAGGCUGCAGUACAGAGCGCUCCCACACCGUCCGCGUCCAGGGAGUGGACCCGGGCUGCAUGAGCCCAGAUGUGAAGAAUUCCAUCCACGUUGGAGACCGGAUCCUGGAAAUCAAUGGCACACCCAUCCGGAAUGUGCCCUUGGAUGAGAUUGAUCUGCUGAUCCAGGAAACCAGCCGCCUGCUCCAGCUGACUCUUGAGCAUGACCCCCAUGACGCACUGGGCCACGGGCUCGGGCCUGAGUCCAGCCCCCUGGUCUCCCCGGUUCACACUCCCAGCGGGGAGGCGGGCAGCUCUGGCCGGCAGAAGCCUGUCCUGAGGAGCUGCAGCAUCGACAGGUCCCCGGGCGCCGGCUCGCUGGGCUCCCCGGCCUCCCAGCGCAAGGACCUGGGUCGCUCCGAGUCCCUCCGUGUGGUCUGCCGGCCGCACCGCAUCUUCCGACCUUCGGACCUCAUCCACGGGGAGGUGUUGGGCAAGGGCUGCUUCGGCCAGGCCAUCAAGGUGACACACCGGGAGACAGGCGAGGUGAUGGUGAUGAAGGAGCUGAUCCGCUUCGAUGAGGAGACCCAGCGGACGUUCCUCAAGGAGGUGAAGGUCAUGCGAUGCCUGGAGCACCCCAACGUGCUCAAGUUCAUUGGGGUGCUCUACAAGGACAAGAGGCUCAACUUCAUCACCGAGUACAUCAAGGGUGGCACGCUCCGGGGCCUCAUCAAGGGCAUGGACAGCCAGUACCCGUGGAGUCAGAGGGUGAGCUUUGCCAAGGACAUCGCUUCGGGGAUGGCCUACCUCCACUCCAUGAACAUCAUCCACCGGGACCUGAACUCCCACAACUGCCUGGUUCGUGAGAACAAGAACGUGGUGGUGGCCGACUUCGGGCUGGCGCGGCUUAUGGUGGACGAGAAGACGCAGCCCGAGGACCUGCGGAGCCUCAAGAAGCCAGACCGGAAAAAGCGUUACACGGUGGUGGGCAACCCCUACUGGAUGGCGCCCGAGAUGAUCCACGGCCGCAGCUACGAUGAGAAGGUGGAUGUGUUUUCCUUUGGAAUCGUCCUGUGUGAGAUCAUCGGGCGGGUGAACGCUGACCCAGACUACCUGCCGCGCACCAUGGAUUUUGGCCUCAAUGUGCGAGGCUUCCUGGACCGCUACUGCCCUCCAAACUGCCCCCCAAGCUUCUUCCCCAUUACUGUGUGCUGCUGUGAUCUGGACCCUGAGAAGAGGCCCUCUUUCGUGAAGCUGGAGCAGUGGCUGGAGACGCUCCGCAUGCACUUGGCUGGCCACCUGCCACUGGGCCCACAGCUGGAGCAGCUAGACAGGGGCUUCUGGGAGACCUACCGGCGCGGCGAGAGUGGACUGCCCGCCCACCCCGAGGUCCCCGACUGAGACCGGCCCGCCCAGCUGCCCCUGUCCCCGACUCGGGAGAAUCCACCCUGCACCAGAUUCCUCUGUAUGCGGUGGCCAGGUGUGGCACCUUCAGCGGGGCAGCGGACACCCAGACCCCUCCCCAGCGCCAGGCCCUAACUUGCCUUCUACCCUGUGGGCCGUGGCCCCUGCCCUUUCUCUGCCCCCGGCCCCAGAGCUGGCCUGGCUGCACAGACACCAUCACCUCACCCUGCCUUACCUCUGUCUUGGUGGGGCCACCCCCUCACGCUUCUCCUUGCAUGAGCUGGAGGACCCGUGUGAGCUGUACCCCAUCCCCUACCCGGUACCCUAUCCCACACCCGCUGCCCCGGCUGUCCUAUGCACACUCUACCCGUCUGCAGCUCCUCCGAGGCUGGGCCAGAGGACAGAUAGCCUCAGACCGUGGCUCAUCACUGUAUUCCCAGGAGCCAAACAGGGAGUCUGGGGCCCAUCACCCCCCCAGGGGGUGUCUAGGUAGCGUCAGGUAUUGAUAAUUAUCCAAACCCCCAAAGCAGAGAGAGGUCGUCUCCUGUGGAGUGGAAAUCCCCGUGGCUGGGCAGCAGCCCUCCCUCGCUUUGGGUCUUUUUGUCUUUAUUGAAGCCACUUUAGUGAGAAGCAGGUACCAGGCCUCAGGGUGAAGGGUGGGUCCCUGGAGGGAGAGGGGAGCCGUGGUCCCAGGGCCAGAGCUGCUGGGAGGAGCAGCAGAGGGAGGCUGGGCAGAGUGGACGAGGCAGUGUCCACCAGCACCCCAGCCCCCUGAAGUUCAUCUCAGCACCAUCCCGGGCCUCUCCCCGAGGCUCCCUGCCAGUGGCCAGAGCAGCCCCUGCCCCUCCCCAUGCCCUCUGUCCUCUGGGUUCUUUCUGUGUAAUCUAUUUUUUAAGAAGAGUUUGUAUUAUUUUUUCAUACGGCUGCAGCAGCAGUAGCUGCUGGGGGCUUGGGGUUUUAUUUUUUUGGCGGGCGGGGGUGGGGGGGCCAUUUUGUCACUUUGCCUCAGUUGAGCAUCUAGGAAGUAUUAAGACUGUGAAGCCUUCUCAGUGCACUUUGAACCUGGAAAGCAAUUGAAACAGGCCCAUGGAACUAUGACUCAGGGAGGUGGGACACAGUCACCUCCAUCCAGGAAUCACGAUGUCUAAGGAACAAAACCCAGACUCAGAAUAAUAAAAUAAAUUCUGUACUCCCCACCAGAUCCCGCUUUGUGACAUG